GAUGAUUGACACCAUCAAUUGAUGCGUAGUACUUGGAAUAUUCCGCAAAAAUCACUGUGCCCCGUUUCAAUAUGUGUGUUCCCUUCCCCUUUGAUGGGCAACUGGCUAAGUUACUUAUUAUGGGAUGGUAACCCAGACGAAGUAAACCCCACAUCAGGACUCACCAAACGCGAAAUCCGGGCAGUCCAGAAAUCAUGGGCUCCAGUAUACGCCAACCAGUUUGCUACAGGCACUGAAUUGUUAAAAAGAUUAUUUCGCGCGCACCCACAAACCCUAGACUUCUUCAAAAUGAUAAAGAAAUUACCCGAAGAUGAAUAUAACACAAACAUACAAUUCAAGGCUCACGUUAUCAACCUAAUGUCUGCAUUAAACCAGGCGGUUGUCAAUCUCCAUCAGCCAGAAGUCGUAGCUGUCAUGAUGAACAAACUUGGCGAAUCUCAUGGGCGACGUAAGAUUCAAGAAUCACACUUCCAUGAUUUGAAAGGUGUAAUAGUAAACAUGUUCAUCGAGGUGUUACAUCUUGACGACGCUACUCUUGGGGCUUGGGGCAAAACUGUGGAGUUUUGGUACAAAAAUAUCUUUCAGACUUUAACGCCUAACCAGAGUACAUAGUUUAAUCGUUAAUUAUUUUUUAAGUUAAAUACCAAAGAUUCCAAUUACAAUAAGACAUUAUCAGUUUAAUUCAUUUUAUGUAAUAUUCAAUUUUAUUUUAUGAUUUUAUUACCUAAGUAAACCAUUAUAUGCAUUAUGCGCACCUGUAAUGGUAGAUUUAUAGUGUUGUAAAACAUUUUAUUAAUUUAAAAGCAAUGAAAAUAUAUACCAGUAAGUUGCUAACAGCAAGAACAAUACGUAUAAUGUUUAAAUUGAUUCAAUAUAAAUUGUUACGUACUUGAAUAUUAAAAUAUUAUGGAAAUAAUGAGCAACUUUUCGUGGGGUUUUCUAAACGGGAUCUCAUAUAAACAGAUAUAAUUCGAAUAGUGUUCGUCAUCACAGAACAAGUAGGUAAAAUUUUCAGUCAAUAAUAUGUAUGAAAUUAUAACUUUCAAAAGUGACAUUAUCAAAUUGACGUAAAAGUUGACAGACAUAAUUCGCUAUGUAAAUCCAUGUUUGACUUUAGUUUGACUGAUCUAUUCAUGAUUUUUUAAUACUUUUAAAUAUUUGUUAUAAUAUAAAUAUAUUUUUUUA